UGGCCAGUACAUUGAGGUCUAUCGUUCCAAACGUAUCGUUCAAGUACGAAAGAGACAGAAAGAGGGAGAAAGAUAAAAAGAGAAAAACAACUCGCGUAGACGAUAUGGAUGAUCACGAUUAGCGAUCAGGGAGGAAGAGGUGAAGAAACGGUUCUGCAUCAAGGACAUAGAGGAAGAGAGUCAGCUACAGAGACGCAACAGAAGGAAAAAAACAAUAUAACAACUAAUUGUGAAAGAAAAAAGAGUAGAUUGAGAUUAUAUUACUCAAUCAAUCGGAUACUUCACUCGAAGAGAGGAGACGCUUAUACAAGAUCACCGGCGCAUAAAAAAAUUAACGCAAAUGAAUUUUUCUUCGAGUUUUUGAACAUUUAUAUAAUUGAGUGUGUGAUCCAAAAUUCAAGCAAUAAGAAAACCUGGAACAUUCAAGAAUACGGUGUACAACAAAAUAGAACAGUUGAUUUAACAAGAAUAUCGAAUUUUGAUUGUACAUUUUAGUGAUCUGCGAUACAAGACAUUUUAACGUGGAUGACUUCAGCUAUGGUGCUAAGGUGCCAGGUGUGCUCAGAUACGAAGACCAACGGUUAUCACUUUGGGGCGUUUACCUGCGAAGGCUGCAAGUCUUUCUUCGGCCGCAAUAAACACUUAAGACUAGAGCAGAUUGAAGCGUGUAAAAAUGGAGGGAGUUGCACAAUUAACCAGGAGACUAGAGCGACGUACAGGCGAGAAAUUCUGUCGGCGCUAAAUCAACUCCAAAGUCACGACAGUUCGUUGCAAGCCACGGCCUGUCAGUUCACCAACGAUCAACUCCGUCGGAAUAACUCCUCUUUCGAGAAUUCAGUCUCGAUCCAGCAGCAAUCACCUGUGCCUAAUAUAUCAAUACCCUCUAUAUCAAUACCCUCUAGAAACACAUCAUCCGUUGGUUCCUUUCAGCAGAAUCCUUCAUCCAAUUCUUACUCUAGUAUUCAACAACUAUCUACAUCAUUACAUCUACAUCAAAUUUUCUUGUAUACACGACUAUUUAAUGCAGUAAAAGCCAGUUCAACAAACGGCUUGAUUGGUAACGGAAGGAAUCCAUCUUACGAUAUUGAGAAUUAUUUAAAUCAAAUUUUGCCAUCUAUAUCCGGAGAGUCAACCAACCCACAAAUCAAUUUAUCUCGUGAAAUAGUUUCUGAAACUUCUGUUACCGAACCAAGUUCUCAAUCUGCUGUUAAUGUGAUACAGACCGAGCCAUUGAAUCUAAGUGUACACAAUGAACGUCGAAUGCAAAGAGGACAAAAAAGAAAAAGAAAAGUUAGUGAAAAUAGUACUACGUGA